AGCGGGGGCGGGGGCCGUGCGGGGGCAGCCAGGACGGGGCGCAGGCGGGGGACGGCGCAGGUUUCUGGGCUGCCAAUAUAUCCAGGAGUCAGAGGAGCCGACCGCUGCGUGCUGGGAGGAGUGGGCUGAGAGGAGCACGAGCUACCAGCUCCAGGAGCUCCUUUCCCUGCACUUUGCCCGUGCUCUCUCUCCUGCUGAUGCACCGCUGCUCUGAGAGCUGCUGCAGGGCAGCACCAUGAAGAUCGUGGCAGCCAAAGUGCUGUGUCUGCUGGGCAUCUGUGUCCUCAUGCUGGCCGGGUCCCUCCUCCCCGUCAAGAUCAUCGAGGCUGAUUACGAGAAGGCUCAGCGCUCCAGGAAGCUCAUCGCCCUCUGCAAUUCUUUUGGAGGAGGGGUCUUCCUGGCCACCUGCUUCAACGCCCUGCUGCCCGCCGUGAGAGGAAAGCUCGAUGAAGUCCUUAAGCAGGGGAACGUGACCACAGACUACCCGGUGGCCGAGACCAUCAUGAUGCUUGGCUUCUUCAUGACGGUGUUUGUGGAGCAGCUCGUUUUGACCUUCCAAAAGGAAAAGCCCUCAUUUAUUGACUUAGAAACCUUCAACGCCGGUUCGGACGCCGGGAGCGACUCUGAAUACGAGAGUCCCUUCAUUGCAGCCCCACGGGGCAGCGCUCUGCACGCUGAGCACGGCCGGCUCUCCCACAGCCACGGUUUGAACGUCCACCAGCUGUCCCGCUCCAGCCCCCUGCGCCUGGUCAGCCUGGUGUUCGCUUUGUGCACUCACUCCAUCUUUGAGGGCCUGGCCCUGGGCUUGCAGGAGGAGGGAAGCAGAGUGCUGAGCUUGUUCCUGGGUGUUGCCAUCCACGAGACGCUGGUGGCCGUGGCUUUGGGCAUCAGCAUGGCCAAGGCCUCGCUGCCCAUGAAGGACGCUGCCAAGCUGGCGGUGACGGUGAGCCUGAUGAUCCCUCUGGGCAUCAGCAUUGGGAUGGGGAUCGAGAGCACCCAGAGCACGGCGGGCAGCAUCACUUCUGUGCUCCUGCAAGGCGUCGCGGGGGGCACUUUCUUGUUCAUCACCUUCUUUGAGAUCCUGGCGAAGGAGCUGGAAGACAAGAGCAGUCGUCUCUUGAAGGUCCUCUUCCUGGUGCUGGGUUACGCGGUGCUGGCUGGGCUGGUUUUCCUCAAGUGGUGAGGUGGGAAACCAAGCUCACCUCCUCCCCACACAGCCAUCCCCACCACCCAGGGGAUACCAGAGCUCAGCAGCAAAGCCAAACAUCACGGCCUGCUGGUAUUGCAGUACUGACCCCAAGGAGAACGUCUGCGUGCUCAGAGGGAAUGAAGAACAACGCAGCGCCCCAAUGCAGGUGCCUCAAGGUCCUGUUGCUGCCUGCUGGAUCUGCAGGUGCAGCAGCUCGUGCUGGACACAAACGCUGCAGUUCUGAGGCCGUGUCCCAGGAGCUCAGCACGCAUCUCAUUCCCUGUUGGUCCACAUGGCCACCCCCCUCCUCCCCGCUCCCCCUGCACUGCAUUUGGCUGCAGGGUUCUUCCCUGCUGCUCGGGCUCUGAGAAGGGGAGGAAUUGCAACAGAAGCGCAGGCAGAGGCAGGUGUGAGCACGGAUGGCACAGCUGCACUAAGCUGCUUUUGCUAGCUUAGUUUUGAGCAAAACCUGGUUGUAAUAGCUGCCAAAAAUAACAUCCCUUCUGGGGCUGCUCGGUGCCACUGCUGCCACAGCUCCGAGCUCCAUUUUGACCCACAAAUGGAGCUUUUCUUAGUGAUUAAUGAAGAAACGAGGCUGGGCUCUGUGCCCUGCACCAUUCCCCCCACCUCAACCCCGUGUUGUGCAUUCCCUAUAGAAAACCUCAGCUCUGCUGGAAAAGCCUCCCAUCCGUACCUGGGAGGCCUUGGGAUGCUCUCCUGCAGCCCAGGGUCCAGCAGAUGGCAAGAGAUGGGCGGCAGUGAUGCACAGCAGCGAUGUUUCCAUGCCAGACACCCACGUUUGAGUCACAGCAGCGAGGGGAGCUCUGCCCGUGCUGGCAGUGCUGAGGCUGUGCAGGGCCAUUUUGUCGGUGCUUUCAGGGAUAUUUCUUCCCCAGAGGCCGAUGAGCUGUAGGGCAGAGCCAAGGCUGCGCUGUGCCUGAGCGCCUUGCUGCAUCCCCGGGGCUCAGCACAUCGCAGUCCCUUGCGAUCCGCUCUGCUCGCCCUCAUGCUGAGGAGCUCAGCGCUGCUCUCGCAGGGGCUCUGCUUCCAUUCUCCGUGGCCAUCAGUCGUGCAGCAGCUCCCCCAGGCAGAGCAGAGCUCCUGGAAGCACUGAUGGGAUCCUAAGGACGUGGAGAAGGGGCUGAGCCGUGCUGCAAUGAGCCGAGCAGCAAGAGGGAUGGGGGAGACUGCGAGGCAGCAUCUUGGAGCAGCGGUUGGCACAGCUGCAGCAUAUGGAGGCUGAUGAGGAUCAUCUGACAGGGCCUGGUGCUCGGUGCUUUAAUUGCUGCGGCGCACCGAAGUCAAUUAAUCUUGCUUUGAAGCAACCUGGAGUGGCGAAAGGGGGGGGGGAGGAGAGGAAGGGAGCGUUAUUUUAGGCCUGGGCUGGCACAGAUCAGCAGGGCCUGAUGAGAAUCUCAUUUGUCUCCAUGCAGCGAAUCCGUGUGUGUUAUUGCACCUCUGCCGGGCAGCGCACAGCAGGGCUGAGCUCGGGCAUUUCCCCACUCGCUGAGCAGCAUUUCCCCACUCACUGGGGGUCCCUGGGGUGCUCUGCAGUGGGACUGAUGCUCUGAUGUAUGGAAUGGGGAAAGAUGAGGCCCUCCCGACGAAGCCCCGCUCUGUGCUGUGUGUUCCUGGGAAGCCCCCGCAGCGCCCGGCAUCGUGGGGAGCUGCGGAGUGAAUGAACGGAGGAGGAGCCGCAGUGAAAAUGCUGAAGGGAACUCAUUCAUCCCCUGCAAUGAGCGGCAUCUGAACGGCUGGUA